CGCGCCGCCGCCCGGAUGGCGAGUCCCGCCGCGCUCGCCCUCUGCCUGCUCCUGCGGCUGCAGCUGCCGCCGCUGCCCGGCGCCCGGGCUCAGAGCGCCGCAGGUGGCUGUUCCUUUGAUGAGCACUAUAGCAACUGUGGCUAUAGCGUGGCCCUCGGGACCAAUGGGUUUACCUGGGAGCAGAUUAACACGUGGGAGAAACCAAUGCUGGACCCAGCAGUGCCCACAGGAUCCUUCAUGAUGGUGAACAGCUCUGGGAGGGCCUCUGGCCAGAAAGCCCACCUUCUCCUGCCAACCCUGAAGGAGAAUGACACCCACUGUAUCGAUUUCCAUUACUACUUCUCCAGCCGUGACAGGUCCAGCCCAGGAGCCUUGAAUGUCUAUGUAAAGGUGAACGGCGGGCCCCAGGGGAACCCUGUCUGGAACGUGUCUGGGGUCGUCACCGAGGGCUGGGUGAAGGCAGAGCUUGCCAUCAGCACCUUCUGGCCACAUUUCUACCAGGUGAUAUUUGAAUCCGUCUCUUUGAAGGGUCAUCCUGGCUACAUCGCUGUGGACGAGGUCCGGGUCCUUGCUCAUCCAUGCAGAAAAGCACCUCACUUUCUGCGGCUGCAAAACGUCGAGGUGAACGUGGGGCAGAAUGCCACAUUUCAGUGCAUUGCUGGUGGGAAGUGGUCCCAGCAUGACAAACUUUGGCUCCAGCAAUGGAACGGCCGGGACACGGCCCUUAUGGUCACCCGCGUGGUCAACCACAGACGCUUCUCAGCCACGGUCAGUGUGGCUGACACGGCCCAGCGGAGCGUGAGCAAGUACCGCUGUGUGAUCCGUUCCGAUGGCGGCUCCGGUGUGUCCAACUAUGCUGAGCUUAUUGUGAAAGAGCCUCCCACACCCAUUGCCCCGCCAGAGCUGCUGGCCGUAGGGGCCACAUACCUGUGGAUCAAGCCAAAUGCCAACUCAAUCAUCGGGGAUGGCCCCAUCAUCCUGAAGGAAGUGGAAUAUCGCACCACUACAGGCACCUGGGCUGAGACCCACAUAGUUGACUCUCCCAACUAUAAGCUGUGGCAUCUGGACCCUGAUGUGGAGUAUGAGAUCCGGGUGCUGCUCACACGACCAGGGGAGGGAGGCACGGGACCACCAGGGCCUCCCCUCACCACCAGAACCAAGUGUGCAGACCCUGUGCACGGCCCGCAGAACGUGGAGAUCGUGGACAUCCGCGCCCGGCAGCUGACCCUGCAGUGGGAGCCCUUUGGCUAUGCAGUGACCCGCUGCCACAGCUACAACCUGACGGUGCAGUACCAGUACGUGUUCAACCAGCAGCAGUACGAGGCUGAAGAGGUCAUCCAGACCUCUUCCCACUAUACCCUGCGUGGCCUGCGCCCCUUCAUGACCAUCCGGCUGCGGCUGCUGCUGUCCAACCCUGAGGGCCGGAUGGAGAGUGAGGAGCUGGUGGUGCAAACAGAGGAGGACGUUCCAGGAGCUGUGCCCCUAGAAUCCAUCCAAGGAGGGCCCUUUGAGGAGAAGAUCUACAUCCAGUGGAAACCUCCCAAUGAGACUAAUGGGGUCAUCACACUCUAUGAGAUCAACUAUAAGGCUGUUGGCUCACUGGACCCUAAUGCCGACCUCUCCAGCCAGCGGGGGAAAGUGUUCAAGCUCCGGAAUGAAACUCACCACCUCUUUGUGGGUCUGUACCCGGGAACGACCUACUCAUUCACCAUCAAGGCCAGCACAGCAAAGGGCUUCGGCCCCCCCGUCACCACUAGGAUCGCCACCAAGAUUUCAGCUCCAUCGAUGCCAGAAUAUGACACAGACACGCCCCUGAAUGAAACGGACACGACCAUCACGGUGAUGCUGAAACCUGCUCAGUCACGAGGAGCCCCUGUCAGUGUUUAUCAGCUGGUUGUCAAGGAGGAACGACUUCAGAAGUCACGAAGGGCAGCUGACAUCAUUGAGUGCUUUUCGGUGCCUGUGAGCUAUAGAAAUGCCUCCAGCCUUGAUUCUCUACACUACUUUGCUGCUGAAUUGAAGCCUGCCAACCUGCCUGUCACCCAGCCAUUUACAGUGGGUGACAAUAAGACAUACAAUGGAUACUGGAACCCUCCUCUUUCCCCUCUGAAAAGCUACAGCAUCUACUUCCAGGCACUCAGCAAAGCAAAUGGAGAGACCAAAAUCAACUGCGUUCGCCUGGCUACAAAAGGUGCCUCCACCCAGAAUUCUAACACCGUGGAGCCAGAGAAGCAAGUGGACAACACUGUGAAGAUGGCUGGUGUGAUCGCUGGCCUCCUCAUGUUCAUCAUCAUUCUCCUGGGUGUCAUGCUCACCAUCAAAAGGAGAAGAAAUGCUUAUUCCUACUCCUAUUACUUGAAGCUGGCCAAGAAGCAGAAGGAGACACAGAGUGGAGCCCAGAGGGAGAUGGGGCCUGUGGCCUCAGCCGACAAACCCACUACCAAGCUCAGCACCAGCCGCAAUGAUGAAGGCUUCUCCUCUAGCUCUCAGGAUGUUAAUGGAUUCACAGAUGGCAGCCGUGGGGAGCUGUCCCAGCCCACACUCACGAUCCAGACUCACCCCUACCGAGCUUGUGACCCCGUGGAGAUGAGUUAUCCCCGGGACCAGUUCCAGCCCGCCAUCCGAGUGGCUGACCUGCUGCAGCACAUCACCCAGAUGAAGAGAGGCCAGGGCUACGGGUUCAAAGAGGAAUAUGAGGCCUUACCAGAAGGGCAGACAGCUUCGUGGGACACAGCCAAAGAGGACGAAAACCGCAAUAAGAAUCGAUAUGGAAAUAUCAUAUCCUAUGACCAUUCCCGGGUGAGGCUGCUGGUGCUGGAUGGAGACCCACAUUCUGACUACAUCAACGCCAACUACAUUGAUGGAUACCAUCGACCUCGGCACUACAUUGCAACUCAGGGUCCAAUGCAAGAGACUGUCAAGGACUUUUGGAGAAUGAUCUGGCAGGAGAACUCAGCCAGCAUCGUCAUGGUCACAAACCUCGUGGAAGUGGGCAGGCACCCAGCGGAACACACUGUGGGAAAUGCCACUCUAGGCCGCGCGGCGUCCCCCGGAAUGGUGAAGUGUGUACGGUACUGGCCGGAUGACACAGAGGUCUACGGAGACAUCAAAGUCAGCCUGAUUGAGACAGAGCCCCUAGCAGAAUAUGUCAUACGCACCUUCACAGUCCAGAAGAAAGGCUACCACGAGAUCCGGGAGCUCCGCCUCUUCCACUUCACCAGCUGGCCCGACCACGGUGUCCCCUGCUACGCCACCGGCCUCCUGGGCUUCGUGCGCCAGGUCAAGUUUCUCAACCCCCCUGAGGCUGGGCCCAUAGUGGUCCACUGCAGUGCUGGAGCGGGGAGGACCGGCUGCUUCAUCGCCAUCGACACCAUGCUCGACAUGGCUGAGAACGAAGGGGUGGUGGACAUCUUCAACUGUGUGCGCGAGCUCCGGGCCCAGAGGGUCAACCUGGUGCAGACGGAGGAGCAGUACGUGUUUGUGCACGAUGCCAUCCUGGAAGCGUGCCUCUGCGGCAACACCGCCAUCCCCGUGUGCGAGUUCCGCUCUCUCUACUACAACAUCAGCAGGCUGGACCCCCAGACCAACUCCAGCCAAAUCAAAGAUGAGUUUCAGACCCUCAACAUCGUGACGCCCCGCGUCCGGCCCGAGGACUGCAGCAUCGGGCUCCUGCCCCGGAAUCAUGAUAAGAACCGGAGUAUGGAUGUCCUGCCUCUGGACCGCUGCCUGCCCUUCCUUAUCUCAGUGGAUGGGGAACCCAGCAACUAUGUCAAUGCCGCACUGAUGGACAGCCACAAGCAGCCUGCCGCCUUCGUGGUCACCCAGCACCCUCUACCCAACACCGUGGCAGACUUCUGGAGGCUGGUGUUCGACUAUAACUGCUCUUCUGUGGUGAUGCUGAAUGAGAUGGACACUGCCCAGCUCUGUAUGCAGUACUGGCCUGAGAAGACCUCCGGGUGCUACGGGCCCAUCCAAGUGGAGUUCGUGUCUGCGGACAUUGAUGAGGACAUCAUCCACAGAAUAUUCCGCAUCUGCAAUAUGGCUCGGCCUCAGGAUGGAUAUCGGAUAGUCCAGCACCUCCAGUACAUCGGCUGGCCCGCCUACCGGGACACACCCCCCUCCAAGCGCUCUCUGCUCAAAGUGGUCCGGCGGCUGGAGAAAUGGCAGGAGCAGUAUGACGGGAGGGAGGGGCGCACGGUGGUCCACUGCCUAAAUGGGGGCGGCCGCAGUGGAACCUUCUGUGCCAUCUGCAGCGUGUGUGAGAUGAUCCAGCAGCAAAACAUCAUUGACGUGUUCCACAUCGUGAAAACACUGCGUAACAACAAAUCCAACAUGGUGGAGACCCUGGAACAGUAUAAAUUUGUAUACGAGGUGGCACUGGAAUAUUUAAGCUCCUUUUAGCCUGAUGGGAUGGGGAGCCUGCCGGAGCCCAGCGGCUGCUGCAGCUACGUGCCCCACCCCCCCUUUCUGUGAAUGGUGACUGGGCUCAGGGGCUUAGAGCUGGCACCCUGCCCAACUCCAAGGAGAAGCCUGGAGGGUCCCGUGUUCUGUGGUAGGCUCUGCACCUUCCAAGUGCUCUCCUGGAGCUGUGGGAGGUGCUGCUCUGAAAGGCCCAGGCCUCCCUUCCACACCCAACCAAGCGGCGGCCACAGGCCUGUGCAGAAGUGCUCCUGUGGCAAGGCCCUGGAUUUUUCGGUUCCCAGACCUCCUGCUUUUGCUCUUCUCAAGUUUGCGAAUCUCCUGGCAAGCCCCCUGUGUGAGUGUUGGGGAGUGACAGCCUCAGCAGCACCUCCCUGCCCUACUUGUCCUUGGGAGUGGAAGGGAUGUGUGCUCUCCCCUCCUGUGUCGUGGAAAUGAUUAGGGCUCUUGGGGGGAGGAGGGUCCCUGCUGCGCUAGCCCCCUGCAGUCUCCUUCAGGGUUCUCUGGCACUGGACACCUGUCGCUCUGGAUCAGCGUGACCGCGGGAUGCUCCUGAGACCACAGCAGAGGCCCCCACUCACACACCUAACCCGCAUGGGGCUUGGCCCGAUACCGUUCUGUACCCCUCCCCUAGCCUAGGCCUUGACCUGUCACUCACUGGCCAGCCCACUGUGUCCACAGCCUUUGAGAAAGGUUCUCUUUGCUUUUUGUAAUUGGUGGGAAGGGGGAGCAUGGAACUCUGCUGCUCUUCCUUGUCUUUGUGAAAAGGAACCAUCUCUCUGGGGCAGGGCUCUGGCUGACCCUCUGUCUCUUGGGGGGUGGAUAAGAUUUGAUUAUUUUCCAAAAUGUGUAUGAAAAGAAACUGUUUUGGAGUUGUAAAAUCUUAGUCUGUUAUGUCAAAAUAAAAGGGGGAGGGAAGUUUGAAUGUGUAAUAUAAGACAAAUCUCUCAGGCCUGUAAUCUUUCCUGGCAAUGUCCUUAAAAGAUCCCACCCUGCAACAGCACUGCCAUUGAGUGAGGGAGACAGGCUAAUCUGAAAAUAGUUCCUUCAGUUUCCGGGGCUGAUAAAAUACCAGCUUUGUGCAUCAUCAUGGAUCUCCAAAUUUGAACUCCCUCCUAGAGAAACCCCUAGCUGCCAUCAUAAGAAAGAUCAAGGUGGACCUAGUUAUGCUUUGGUUUAAAAUAAGCCAAGGAUCUCUAGGGUCUUGUCCAAAGUGUGGGUGAGUCAGUGACAGGGAACCAGUAUUUGCUCAGCACCUACUGUAUGCCAGGCUUGGCACGUUCCAUAUGACAUCUCACGCAGUCCUAGAACCCCCAUGAGAGAACUACUAACCUGUCAUCAUCUCCACAAUUGGGGAAACUGAGGCAUCUUCCUCAGUGAUGAAAUUCUGGGUUCUGACCAGGCAGACAUUGGUGAUAAGACUUGAUCACACCAUUUUCUUCAUCUUUCUCAGCAAAGCAGUUAUUUUAUGGAGGGUAAAAUAAGGCCAGAAACUUCUAAGCAGAGAACUCCACAAUGGAUAUCUAAUUCUUUCUUUCUGAUGUGAGUUCUUACGUGAAGCCCGGAAUUUCAGGUACAUCUUCAGAACUCAUUCCCGGCUCCCCAGGAAAGCUAGUCCCAUCUAAUUUCUUAGCCCAUGAAAACAGGUGCGUGUUCCCUCAGGCUAUGAGAUCUUCCAGCCAGGGACACACUCUCUACCUUGGUCUCCAUUGGGUGCUCAAGCACAGUUUCUGGCAAACUCAGGGUGGCCUGGGAUCUAGAAAGCUCCACUUGGAGGCCAUCUAGCCCCAGACAGGGGAUGAGGAGUAGAGAAUUCAAUAAGCCACAGGUUUUUGCACCCAAGAGCUCACUGUAUACUGGAGAAAUUGAACCCCAGUGCAGAGGUGGUGAAGCAUAUGAGUAUUAUAUGAACCUGGGAGCAAGACUCUGCCUGCCUAGGGCUUCCUAGAGAAGAUGGCAUCCAUUCCAGCUUGGUCUCAACAGGUAGAAAAAGGGAAGAAAGGCAAUCAGUCCAAGGGAUCUGGAUAUGCCAUGACGAAGAGGUAUGAAAACUCCUUGGGAUGGGGGCGCAUCCGGGGAGCAGGGGAAGUCAGGUGGUAUGGUGGGAAGUGAACCCAGCUGGAACAUAGCACUGUAGGAGGGGUGGCAGGGGAUGAGCUGGGGCAGGGAGGAGAGAGCACACUUAGAGUAUAGACUAUCCCUGAGGGCAGCAGGGAAGCCAGCAGAGCUACUGAGUGAUAUGCUGGGCUCCGUUAGAGAAGACUCCCUCUGGGGCCAGUGGGGCUGCCUCUUUUCCUUUCAUCAGACACUGUGAAAACAUUCCCUCAGUGUGUGCGUUUUAAUAUCACAUCUGUCUGUCUGCUCGUUAUUUUGUUGCGAGAACAAAAUAUGCGUGGAUCAUGAGACUCAGCUUCUGUGAGAAACUCAGGAUCUCUGCUCAACCAUGGAGCAGGGUGACGAAUUCAGGCCUCCAGACCCAUAAGGAUGGGAUAUGAAAGGAGCCCACAGAAGCUGUUCCCAUUGGCAUGGGCUCUGGAGCUGUCUGAAAGUCCAGGGACACCAGACUUGAUCACGGAAAGGCUGUCACUUUGGAGGUUCAAAAGGAAGCGUCUCAAAGUGAAGGAAAGCAGAGGAGCCCCCCAGCGAACUUUCUCUUCUCCUUUGAUGGGUCCCUUCCCUGGUGUGCUUGAGCUGGCCCCCUGGCUCCCAGCCACUGCUCCAGCCGGCGUCCACACAGCCUCCCAGGAGCCUAUAGCCGAGCAAAUCAGCCUGGCAUAUGCUCUUUUCUCAGAUCACGGCUCAUCCAUGCCGAAUGGGGGAGGGGAGCUAUCCACACAAAUCCUAAGAUUUUUUCUGCUCCAGAAGGGGUGACGGGGCUAGCAGAUAAAAAUGACACUGGCUUCUGUCGUUUCAAAUGGUAGGAAUUUAAAAUGUGACUUCAGGGAAAAGGGAAAUUGUAAAACCACAGGCUGUGGUGGGGUAACCAGCCCAACAAGGGCCACUGAUGUUUCCCCCAGCUAGGCUCCCCAUCUUCUCAAAACCCAGCUGCUCUCUAAAGAGGGCAGGGCAGUGAAGAGGUCUUAGGCCAGUUAACAAGGGAUGAAACUAAGGCUUGUGAUGGGGAUAUCUCCCCCUAAGAUGGGGCGCUGGUGCCCUGGAACUUGGACUUGAUCCAGUCCCUGGGAAAUAAGAGCAAACACCCUCAAACCUAUCUUCCCACCCCACUCCACUCAGAGGGUGGGCUACCUUUGAUGAUGCAGAGGAAAAUAGUAUCCAUGCUCUCUGAGCCUCCACAGCAAGGGUCGGCCUUCUCUCUCUUGGAUGCCAAAGAGAGUUGCCCCCGCUUAGUACAGAGCCUCUGGGUCACCUAGUUAUGGGCUCUGUAGAAGAUAUGAGGAACUGAUGAGAAGCCAGGAACCAUUACCAACCUGUGUCUAUUUGUGGCCUAGCUGGCUUAAGGAAGUAACUUAGCUCUGCCUCCACUGUGCCCUUUCACCCUUUCUGGGCCUCUAGAUGACCACAGCACCCUCCUUUCAUGGGAACAGAGGGAUCAGGUUGCUCUUAAUGCUUGCCCUCUUCUGUGUGUGUAUCCGGAAUCUGUCAGCCUUCACAUGGAACCUGGGGACCCUUUGUUGGGGACUGUAACCAGGGAGCUCAAUGAAUUCUUCCAACAUCUCUAAGAAGUGUUUAUGAUUGUCACCAUUUUACAGAUGAGGAAACAGAAGCUCAGAGAGGAGAUAUCAGUUCCCCAGUUAGUGACUAGGCGAGCCAACAAUUAAAUUUCUUCUGACUCCAAAAACAAUAUUUUUCCACCACGAUGUCUCAGAUUUUCUCAUGGAUCUACCCAUAACAUCAAAGACUAGAGUGGAACAGAUAACCCAGUGGAUCUUGUUGUGAAGUCCAAAGCACACAAUCCUAAAAUUGCAUUAGUCUCUUGAUUCACUUUAACAAUUCAUGCAAUACUUCCAUUCCACUCUAAUUUGCCUGAAUUUUUUUAAAGGACUAUUUUUUAAAUGAUGUGCCCUAGUCCUUCAAGUGGCUUUGGUCCCCUCAACCCACUAUGACAUACUCAUAUGCCAGUCUGAGAGUCACAGUGUCUGGCCAUACUGUUUCCUCCUGAGACCAGGUCCAGACUCAGGUUUAAGACCACUCAGCUUCCCCUAGAUAGAUGCUUUGGUGUGGGGGUACCAUGACCUCACCACUCACGGGUUGAUCUCAACUCAUGUUUCUUCCAGCUGGAUGCUGGAAGGAACCCAUUGGCAUAUCCUAGGAUGAUGAGGAUAUGCUCAUCUGCCUUGGUGAAGGCUGAGCCCAUAUUACCCUAAAGGAAAAGGAGAAGAUGUAUACAGCCUUUCUGAACAGAUUCCUGAAUGCUGGGACUUCUAGAAUGUUAUACCCUUUGUCUGGGUGAAGUCACAUGGUUUCUAAUGUGGGAAAAUCUAAGGACAUGCUUCACAUGAGGGGCUAGGGUCUGGAAGGCUUCUCACUUUACUUUAAUCAUACAUACUUACAUAAUGGGUUCCUGUAACAUGCCAGGGCCCUGGAAGGGGUGCUGCCAGGAAGCACAGAUUAUUAUGGCACAGUUCAUCCCUUAGUGAGGCAUGCAGUUGGUUGGAAGAGCUUAUAGUCUUCAGUUCAAAUCACAGCUUGGCCAUUCUUAGCUAUACAAUGUUGGGCCAACCAAUUAAUGGCAAAAGAUGUGAAAAAAGGAGCCUCGGCCAUGUAGAAGGCACAGAUUUGGAGAACUUUGAGUAAGAAAACAGCAAGGCAAGGUCAAGAAGUUGGGACCCAAAAGAAAUAUUCAAGGAUGCACAUGGAAUACAGGGCAAAGUGGUCACUUCUGUGGUCCCCAGGACAGGGGACAGGGAGGGCUGGCCAGGACCACUGGGAGCAAAGAUGCCACUUUAGACCAAGUAUCAAUGUCUUGGAGAAAAGAUGAUAAUUUUCCCUCUGUCUAAUCAAACCCUAUUUCUUCAUCAUCUGUUCCCCAUUGCUAAACUAGCUCCUGUUGUAUGUUCUCCCUAGGAUCCACACUUUCUCAGCUUCAGUAUGAAUCCCUGUUGUGUGCAUACAGUUAUCAGUCUAGUUAGGCUGCUGCAGACAGCAGAAGUGAGGCCCAGGGAGGAAUAGCGAGGCACUCACCAUGUCAUUUCAGCAGGAGUAACUGUCCUACCCAGACCCAGAGAUACUGAAGGAGAUGAUAAUUCUCCUACACCUCACUGCCUUAGAACAGAAUGAAGAAAACCACCUUCCUUUAGCCUGCACCUAGCCAUUCCUGGGCUAGACAGGCCAUCAGCACCCCGCUAAGUCAGAAGUGAUGCCAUGGGAAACAUGAACCAGCCCAAGAGGAAGAUAAGCAGGAUGUUAACAGACUGUGCUGGGCUAUAUCUGUGUCAACCCCAGCUACAGGGAAGAUCAGAAGAUGAAACUUGAGUCACAUAGGUGGCCAUUUCAUCUCAAAGCCCUGACCUGCUUUCCCCACCAUCCUACUAGUCAGAGCUCCUUCUCAGCUGAUGAUGCCAGCUCCAAGUCACAGCCCAGUAAAACAGGAAAAAGACAAAGUGAAUCCAACUAGAGGAGACCAGGUGAGAUACAUCAUUGUUCCUAUAUUCGCGUGCAAGGGUUCCAAUUUGGAGGUUCUCCGUGUAUAUACAACUGAAAGUGAUAAAAAUAUAUGGCAUUGGCAGCACCUAGCAAGGAUCUGCUUUUGAUGUCAUAUACAGUCUGAGCAGCAGGGAGAGAAGUACAUGGCAAAAAGUGGAGGGGACUGCUAUACUCAUGUCCUCUGACAUAUAUUUCAGAGUUAUAGAUAUGACCCUCAGAAGCACAGCGGAGAGGUCUAAGCCAUAUUCAUGAACAGGAGAAGACUUUCUUCUGGUUUAUGGCUAACCAGAGGUAGACUUUUACAUACCACUGGCUGUGCAACUGUCUUGUAGAGACCAAGCCCAUCUCUUGCAUGCCUCCUGCCCACCCUCAGAAAAGAUGGGAAAGGUCAUCAGAGUGGCCACAUUCACUUCCACGUUCACUCAUAAAUUUUAGGUCCCCAAGAGGUAGAGUCAGCACCUACAGUGGUAAGACCCCACACCAAGCAUCCUAGCUGAGAGCUUGGGGAUGAUCCAUUGGGGCUGAUACAAGGGAUGUGAGAAGACUCAGGAUGAGUCUAUAAGAAAGACCCUUUGGGACUGGAUCACCAAGGAACAUCCUUCAGAGCUUCUCUAAAUGAUGGGAUUUAGACUCUGACCCUUGAUUGGAAUGUUCAGAAAAUAAGGGUCCAGGGGCAGUAGAGCAUUGGGCAGGAAGGUACUGAUAUGAAAUCCUGGAGCUCAGGGUAAUUCAUAUAAUUUAUGGCUCCUUGGUGAGUGGAAUUCUUAGAUUUGGGGGAGGAAGGGGAAUGUGAAAUAACCUGCCAAUGGUGCACUAAUGAGUCCCUGUAAGCAUACUUCAGUGCUCUUGGGCUUGUGAAUACGAAUCCAUAGACCUCCUAUAGGAUGAUCUGACAAGCUCUCAGUGCUCACCAUACCCCUAUCCCUCCCAUGGAAGAUCAGUGAUGGAAGAUACUCCUUGGAUCAAAGCCCCAGGGCAGUCUGGAGGCUCAGAGGGCCAAGCAGUAUCCUCCCAGGUCAAAUCAGACUUCCAAAGGGUCAGACAUAAUGUUAGUGCCCAUGUGCCUAUAUAUCAUUGGACAAAAUUCAAGCAUGGUUUGCUAGUCCCAGGUCGCUGCUCUGAGUGGAACUAGGAUCAAUGCAUGAAGUUUGAUGAUUUUAAGGAAGAACUGGCUGUGUGCCAGAGAGUAUGAGCUGCCCAUCUCAGCAGUGGUCCAACAGAGGCCAGACUUUAAAGGGAAGAAAGAGCAUUGAGGGAUGACCUUUCACUCUCUUCCACCCUAGAUGGGUGAUAUGUUAUGGAGCUUGGACUGUAUUUGAACCCCUUUAUUCCUACAAAGCACAAAGCCAAGGCUGUGCUUGGUUUGUGCCAGUUGAAGUCCCCUACUCUCCUGCCCAAGCCUUCCCACCAUGCAGACUGAGAUGCUGCUCUGGCCCCAUAGUCAGGACUUAUCCUGGCUGGUUAUCACCAGAAAGUCCAGAAAGAACAGUUGCUUUGCCAUAGACCCAAUGCCUACCAAGAUCUGUGAUGAGACCAACCAUAGUUCAGGCCCACUGGCCAACAAGGCCAUCAGUGACAGCCAGAACUAGCAAAGGUCCAAGCAGAACCCAGAGCAGGGCUUUGCUUAGCACAAACAUUAUGUCCAGAGGUUACUUCCACCCCCCUUCCUACUUGAGGCCUGUUGAAGCAGACUGCAAAAGCAAAAGCACAGUGACUCAGUCGGCAUAUAAUUAUAGUCAUCCCCAGGGCAUCCGUGUCAUUGCCAAGUGGAUCCUGGUCUAGCCCAGGUUAAUUUACGCUAACCCAUUUUGGCAGUCAGAUCAAAAGCACUAUUCUACCUUCUGUUUUCACCCUACAUCAACUGGCCAACGAAAGGCAAAGAAAGAGUCAGGGCUUCUACCCUUGUCUUGGCUCCCGGACACCAUCAUCACCCCCUAAGGGCCAUCAUGGGGUUCCCACUUGACUCUAGGAAGACUGACAUCAUCACAUCCACUGGGCAUAUGAUAUUGCAUGAGACCAAAGUCUCCACCUUCUCCGUGAAUCCCAAUGACCUGCACUUGUACAGUUUGGGUGUUUGAUAGAUAAAGCACGUAUGAGAAGAGAAAACAAAAUAAAUCAACUUUUCCAAAAGCCAGCACUGUGCUGUCAAUGUUCUUUUUUUUUUUUUCUUUUUCCUUUCCAAUUCUGGCUUAAAAAAAGCAGAAGGUAAAUAAUGUCAGGUCAAUGAAUAUCAGAUAUAUUUUUUGACUGUACAUUACAGUGAAGUGUAAUCUUUUUACACCUGCAAGUCCAUCUUAUUUAUUCUUGUAAAUGUUCCCUGACAAUGUUUGUAAUAUGGCUGUGUUGAAAAUCUAUACAAUAAAGCUGUGAC